AUGACGUUAAGGGUUGAUGACUUCACUGGAGGAAGGGAACUUCAACGACAGCUGGACAAGGAAGGAGAGUAUGAUAUAUUCAAGCACAGACUAAUGUUUGAGAGUAAAUUUAUCCAGAUCAGCAAAAGAAGAGACGUGAUGGAUGUACACAACCACGUCUAAAUGAUAACAUGGACAUUAAAUACUAGCACAAGUGUAGAAAAUAAAGCACAGGACCUCCAUGGAGAAGGGGAUCAGGAUAAGGUGAGCAUCAGGAACCUUCACAUGGUCCCUGAGGUGUCUAGGGCCCCCUUCUUUGAUUAUGCUGUGGGAAAGUGA